UCUUUUCCGACUCCGACUCAUCACUGCGUGCGCGUUCAUGUGUGUAAGAUGUGCGUCGCCGUUCCUGCGGAACUCAGGAGGUAGAAUUUGGACUCCGACAGACUCCUGACUAAAAAAUAAUGAACAACAAAUUUGACGCGCUGAAAGACGAUGACAGUGGAGAUCAUGAGCAGGAUCAGGGAUCACCGAAAGACAGCGAAAAGGAAAAGAUCGAAGACGAUGACAAGGAGCAAAUUAUUAUCAAGAAAAAAAUGGUGGUUCCAGGGGCAGGAGAGCACCCUCUUCAGUACAACUACACCUUCUGGUACUCCAGGCGGACCCCAGGCAGACCAGCUAGCACCCAGAGCUAUGAGCAAAACAUCAAACAGAUUGGCAGCUUUGCCUCGGUGGAGCAGUUCUGGCGUUUCUACAGUCACAUGAUCAGGCCUGGUGAUCUGACAGGUCAUAGUGACUUCCACCUCUUCAAAGAAGGCAUUAAACCCAUGUGGGAAGAUGAUGCCAAUAAAAUGGGUGGAAAGUGGAUCAUUCGUUUAAGGAAAGGCCUCGCGUCCCGAUGUUGGGAGAACCUGAUUCUGGCCAUGCUGGGGGAGCAGUUCAUGGUAGGGGAGGAGAUCUGUGGGGCGGUGGUGUCGGUACGAUUCCAGGAGGACAUCAUUUCUAUCUGGAACAAAACAGCUAGUGACCAAGCGACCACAGCCCGCAUCAGAGACACCCUACGUAGAGUCCUCAACCUGCCUCCCAACACCAUCAUGGAGUACAAGACUCACACAGACAGCAUUAAGUAUAGCCUGGGAAGACUUCCAUGGGCUGGUGAAUGCUAGUGGCGGACGUUAGCCCCUCACACAGAGAUGCUCUGCCGAGAGUGUGUGUUUAUGUAACGUGUUGAGGGGUGGACGAGUCCAGGGCAGGAAACCUCUGCAUGGAUCGGCGCUGUGUAACGAGAAGACAGAGCAAAAGCUAGCAGGAAGAGAGGCUCGAAGACCAUUCCCUAUUUGUGUCAAUUUGACGUAUGAAUGGAAAGAUGUCAGCAGAAGAGAGAAGGAAAUGGAAGAAAAAAUAUUUAAACCAACCAGGGAAAAACAAACUUUCUCUGUUAUUUAUUUUUUCCCCUUCUUUUAAAGCAGGUUGUAACAUCUGUCAACUUGCCACCAGAGGGCGGCUGUGUGACUGGUGUGCUGAUCUGAUCGGUCACUGUCCACAAAGAGUACUAGAUAAAAUACAACAAAAUCAGUCUGAUACAAAACUGUAAAUCACUUAUUGCUGUUGAAAUAACUCUGUUAAUGGCGGGACUCAAAACAGGGUGGCAGGUGGACAAUAUUUUAUUACAGCGUUGUAUUUUUAUUACAUUUCCUUUGGUCAUUUUGAACUUGAACAGAUUAUUAUUGUGUGCAGUAUAAUUGUGUACAACAUAAAGCUCGUUUAACUGAAACGGCACCAAUUCUCUAUUCUUGACAUGGGAGUUUAUUCUCUAAGGAUGCGCUCUGUGUUGGACAGAAGGUUCUACCACUUUUACAAUGAAAUACACAUUGCCUAAAUCACUGUGCCUGCUCUCAGGUCUAACCUGACCUUUGACAUUUUUGUCUGUUCGCUGUCUUCAAAAAGUUCACACAAAGAGCUUUAAGGUCCUCAAAGGCAUAUGUAGUCCUUAAACACCAAGGGUUGCCAUUUUUCCUUUUCUGAGCCCAGGAUCGAGGUUUGCAGCUUUUAUCUUGGACAAACUUUUUCAAAUACGAAAAGCAGCUGUAGUUUGUGGAAGAAAAAUGUCCAAACUUGGAGGUGCGGUGAUGGAAGCUGGUGUUUACAUCCAAAGCAAAGAAAUGUUUGUUGUGCACCUGAUGAAUUAUAGCAAUAAAUGUUAUAUUUGGAUUUGCUGCUAAA